CAUGACACAAUUACCUCAGGAAUCGAUCAAGAUGUAUUGCAGGUCUGCCUGCGUUUCCGAUUUUGCCUCCCUGUCGGGGUCUUUCCACACGCCCGUAGUGCUACAGAUGGACAAAGUUUAACGCGGUCGAGCCACCAACUCCGUCCCUCUGUUGCAUGGAGGAAAGAGGAAGAAGGAAAAUGACGGAAUUCGACGACCGAAGCUGUGCGUCAAAUAUGUUUUUGCCCAGUUGCACUUAUUACGUUUCGACGCCCGAUUUCACCUCAGUCUCCUCCUUUCUACCGCAGACCACUUCGUGUCAGAUCAAUUUUCCCUAUUCGCCAAACAUAACCCAAGUCCAACCUGUCCGAGAGGUCGCUUUCAGGGAUUAUGGACUGGACCAUCCGAAAUGGCACUACAGGGGCAAUUACGCUUCCUACUACUCAACAGACGACAUAAUGCACCGGGAACUGAUCCAGUCGUCGAGCGGCAGGGCAGAUGUUAUAUUUAAAAAUGAGCCCUUGUACGGUCAUCAUGGGGGAACCAGCGCGCAGUGCAAUUUCUUCGCAGGAGUGGGUCGAAACGGUGUUCUCCCCCAGGGCUUCGAUCAGUUCUUUGACUCUCCGAACACGGAGCUUCCCAAACAAAAGGCUGCUGAGCCUGCUUCCCACGAUCACCGUGAUGACCAUGAUGCCACGAUCAUCAGCCAGGCUGUAACCAAAUUGGAGCAACAAAACGCAGAGCCUCCCGGCAGCGCCGACGAGGACUCAUCCUCUAACUGUGGCGACAAGAACAAUCGUCAGAGUUCAUCAACCAAGUCCAGGAAGAAGAGGUGUCCAUACUCCAAAUACCAAAUCCGAGAACUUGAACGAGAGUUUUUCUUCAACGUGUACAUUAACAAAGAGAAGCGUCUCCAGCUGUCCAGAAUGCUAAAUUUGACAGAUCGCCAGGUGAAGAUUUGGUUUCAGAAUAGAAGAAUGAAGGAGAAAAAACUCAACCGCGAUCGCCUACAAUAUUUUACUGGGAAUCCUUUAUUCUGAUGUAUGAGGCUUGAGAUAAUCAUUCAAACGCAAACACAGACUCAGCUGAAGAAGCUCCUAGGUACUAUGUAAGAGCUGCAACCUAACAUGCCCAUUUAUUUCAUAUGGGUGGUACGAUUAUUUUAAUGUAUUCAAUCAUAUAUUGGCUUUAUUGUCAGUUCAGAAUAUUUUUAUUCUAAAUCAUACCAAGUAGCAUAUAUUGUCCUUUUCUUUAUUUUUCUUUUUUGUAGACAUAUUUGUGACAUGCAUGUAAUAAAUGUUGUGUAUUGUGAAAUGAUAAGCAAACCAAAUGGUUCUCCGUUACAAAAUUGCUUUAAUUGUGCUAAACAAAGAUUUACUAUAAUAAUUUUUGUCUUUUCUUUUAAAGCAUUAAGGAGCAGAAACUUCAGUUUGGCACUCAAACGCUUAUUUUGUUCCGUUGUUUCCUCGGCUUUGAAAAACUGAAUUGUUUGCUAAACCUUGAACCGUCUAGACAGCGCAAUAAAUGGUAGCUGUAAAGGUCUAAAUAAGGGGCUAUUGGACUGUGGUGUCUCAGCCCCCAAACCACAUGAAAACGCAUCCUUCCGGUCUUAAAGCGCUUUAACUUCUAACAUCUAGAGACUUUUCUCUGCCCCUUUCAAGCGAAUUCAGCUUCAGUUUUGUCUUUUUUAAUGGGGCGCUGAGAGGGAAACGAGAUUACUUUUCUCCUGUUUUAGAGUUUUUAAAUGUGCUGGAAUGUGCUUUAAAUUAGUUUUGUGUCUCCUUUCUGCAUCUGACUGCAACAAUUCCUCCCCUCUUUCUCAGAAACCUAUUAAUAAUACAUGCAGUGCAGAACAAAUCACUGGUGAUUUCAUGUGAAUAUGAAUUAAUGUUGAAGGUAUUUCUGAUUUUUUUUCUUCUUUUUGAUUCAUGUCCUCUAAUUUCCUUGGAUCGUGAUUUACUACCGACAUGAAAGCAGAUCACCAACUGAGUGGAGUGUUUCUUUUUGAUUCACAUUUUAUCCACAUGAGGGCAGACUUUCAAAUCUAACUGAGUGAAAAUGCAGACUUAAGCAAAUUUAACAUGGAAAGCAACCAGCCCGAGGUUAGGACAGUCUGUUCUGCCCAAGGUUUACUGAGAUUUUAUUUUAAGCAGUUCCUUAAACCGAAUAAUUUAUUUCAGUAGUUAGAUUUUCUUUCUUUCUUUCUUUCUUUCUUUCUUUCUUUCUUUCUUUCUUUCUUUCUUUCUUUCUUUCUUUCU